UCCCAGCAUCAAAUGGAUCGCAACUUCACUAAGAAGGCGUUCGGUUCUCACGGCACACAGGCAGCACCAACAGCCUCCCUAACGAAGCCAGGAGCAGGCGCACGUCUGCUACCAGCACGCUUCGCCGACGGAACCCACGCAGCGAGAACGCCAACAUGUCGCACCUGUCCAGCAGGUGUUUUGCGUUUAGCCCUGGGUAGCCAUCUUCAUUAGGGGUUUGAAACUAAAACUCGCCCUGAACAGAUGCCCUAGGCAAAAAGUAUCUGAUCCUCUCACCGUCGUGGGGGCACAGCCAGGUAGCUGUCAAUCAAAAAAAAAAAAGUGGGGGAGGGGGUUCCAGAAAAAGUGCGCAGCAGGCGGGGCGCGAGGACCCUUCGCACUGGCGCUUGCAAGUCGGCCCGGCCCGGCCGCGGCUCCUUCGCCCCGCCGCUCCCUCCCUCGCGGCCCAGGACAGCGACGUCUUCCUCCCCCUUCUCCUCCUCUUUGGUGCCUGCAGCCAAGAGGCGGGAGUGACCCUCCGAGCAGCUGACCCAGCCAGGCACUGCCUCUAGCACAGCCCGCAGGACACACCAUGGGCCCAGGGGCAGCUUCGCGGCACAGCAGCGACGACGCAGGCGGCGGCCCCGGCGACUCUCAGCUGCCUCCCUGACCACCGCGACCACCGCUCGACACCCCCCCACCCCCAAGAGGCGCCAUCGCCACCGCCGGCGGGAGACUCUCGGGACCGCAGAGCCAUCUUCGCAAUCCACUCGAGCUACGUCAACAACCAUGGCGGGCGAGGGGCGGCGGGCGGAGCUGGCGCGGGAGGGGUGGGGGCUGUACGUCACGCCCAGGGCCCCUCUUCGGGAGGGACGGCCUCGGCUCGCCCCGCAAAAUGGCGGCGGCGGUGACGCGCCUGCGCACGGAACGCUUCCGUCGCGCCAGGGCCGACGGGAAGUGAGGUUUUCCGAAGAGCCGCCAGAAGUGUACGGCGACUUCGAGCCCCGGGUGGCCAAAGAAAGGUCUCCGGCGGGAAGGCGAGUCCCGUCAGAAGAGUUCCGGCCCGGUUCUGGGAAAGAGGAAUUGAGAGAAAGCGCCUACUACCUCCGGUCUCGGCAGCGGAGGCCGCCGCGACCCCGGGACGCCGGGGAGAUGAAGACGCGAAGGGCGACCCGCCAGCUGCAGCAGCAGCAGCAUUCCCCGCAGCCCCCGGCCCAGGCGUCUCCGAUUACGACGCGGAGAGGGCUGCGAGACUCUCAGUCCUCUGAAGAAGAUGAACCAUCUUCCCAAACUGUUUUAAGUCAAACAGACUCAAAGAAAACUGUCAGGAGAACACAAGAGAUUCCAGUGUUGAGUGAAGAUCCUGUAAUCAGCCUCUGUAGACCCCCUCUGAGAAGCCCACGAUCUGAUUCAGCAAACAAAACAAAUGGAAAUACUAAAAUGAGUGAAUUAGAAGCCACCAUUAUCCAACCAAAGGUCAAUUUCUCUGAAGAAGGAGAAACUGAAGAUGACGAUCAGGAGAGCUCUUUCAGCGAUGUCACCACUGUCAAGGUCGGAUCCAGGGAUUCUGUUGACUCAGGAGAUCACACCACCAGAUCAUCUGGUCAUCAUCCAGAAUCAUUUUGGCAGUCACCACAAAGUGGAGAUGUCAGAGCCCGUGACAAGCAGCCUGCAGUGCUGAGCUCGGGAUAUCAAAAAAACCCUCAGGAAUGGGGCGAACAAACCUUAAGAAUGAGGGUUGGGAUGCAAACAUCUUCACCAGGCAACAGUGCGGAAUAUGGCCGUGUUUCAGACGAUAACAGGAUUCAGAAGUCAGAGCUUGGAUUCAGAAACCAAUCCCCGGUAGCCUCCAGCCAACAAGCGAGCGGACCGGCGCGGGAAGGGAGGAAGUGGUGCUGCGGCCUGCUGGCCCUGCUGGCGGCUCUGGCCUGCGCGGCGCUGUGGCUCUGGCCCGCGCCGGCUCCCGCGCCCGAGGCCGCCGCGGUGCGGCAGUUCCAGGCGCAGAUGCAGCAGCUGAAGCGCAGCUACCGGGGCCAGGACGAGGCGCUCUGGAGGAGGAGCCAGACGCUGCUGGAGCGGCACCUCAACGCCUCGCGGCCGCGGCCGCAGCCCGCCAUCCUGCUGCUGGCCGCCGCCCGCGACGCCGAGCCGGCCCUGCGCUGCCUGGGCGAGCGCAUCGCCGACGCCUACUCGGCCUUCCGCAGCGUCCGCGCCAUCCGCAUCGACGGCGCCGGCCAGGCCGCCCGCGACAGCGACGCCGUCAAGCAGGAGGUGGACCGGGAGCUGAGCGAGGGCUUCAGGAACGGCCGGAACGCGGCCGUGGUGCACCGCUUCGAGUCGCUGCCCGCGGGCGCCACCCUCAUCUUCUACAAGUACUGUGACCACGAGAACGCGGCCUUCAAGGACGUGGCGCUAGUCCUCACCGUCCUGCUGGAGGAGGAGACGCUGGGCACCAGCCCCGGCUUGAAGGAGGUCGAGGAGAAAGUGCGGGAUUUCCUCAGAGCCAAGUUCACCAGCUCGGACACACCCAGCGCCUACAAUGAUAUGGACGCAGACAAGCUGAACGGACUCUGGAGCCGCAUCUCGCACCUGGUCCUGCCCGUGCAGCCCGAGACCGCCCUCCGAGGGGGCGCCUGCCUGUGAGGGUCGAGAGGAGGAAGGCGCGCCUGAGCCUGAGAGCUGGCGGGCCUGCUGACCAGACGCCAAGUGCAAAGCUCUGUGUGAAACCGCUGGUUUCCUUUGAGGAGGUGAAGUCCUCUGUAAACAUGGGACAUCUAAGUCAUGUGUCCAGCCAGCUCACGAUCGGUUAUUUGAGAGGCACUCCCUGCUGACACCGAGAGCGGGGUCAGGGGAUGCAGGUCUGGCCACACGCGGCCCACCGAGCGCUCCUGCCGAGCUGCCGGGGGUGGCCCGUGGGAGGGAUGAGGCUUCCUUCUGGGGAAUCAGCCUAUUCCUUUAACUUGGAUUGCUCACGGAGUUUUGUUGAAUUAUUAUUAGUAAGGCAGCUCCCUAAAUGUAACCGAGGGUUUUCCCAUUAUGUUUCCUUUUAGGGUCAUUCAGACAUGAGUUCCUCAGUCAGCUUCUGCUUAUAGGAACAAGUGUAAUGAAAGGUCAUGUGUGUGUGUGCGUGUGUGUGUGUGUGGAUUCUAUUUUCCGCUUUGUUUUUGAAGGGUAGAGAGGCGGCGGCAAAGGGAGAGAGAAGUGGUGACCUGGGGAAGGGUGGGGGUGGAUUUGCAGGAAGACAUGUUACAGUAAGCCCCUGAGGUAGGAUGGUCAGCACAGGUGUCUGAACUCCUCCCUCAGCCAGUUCUGCUGGGGCUUGUUUGUUACACAGCCUUUUCUCUCUCCCCUCUCCUCCCCACCCCUUCAAGAAUGUCCUAGACCUUUCGAGGUUUCUCAAAGCCUGUGUAUCACAAGGCUUAAUAUAUUUGCUUAUUUGGCUCUGAAAAGUGGGUAAAUCCCGAGCAGUUUACUUUGUACUUACCCUGAAGCUAUUGCUUUGCAUUAAGAAAUGUAGUUUCAGGAAUUUAAACUUUCUUCACCAGCUAUUCCUGGGCUGCUGAAGACGGAUGUUAAUUUCCUGCGCAGCCUCCUUUAAUCACACUCCGUAGCAAACAUAAAGAUGUACUAUGCACGUGACAAAUUCUGUUGAGUGCCUCAAGCCACAAACAUAGUGACCUUACCACAGAAAAAGAAUGGUAAAACUAUUUCUGUACUGUUACAGUAUUUUAGUUGUAACUUGGCUUCCAUAAGUGAGCUUUCUCAUCUGUCAACUGCUUUGGUUUUCUUAAAAUCUUUUCAGUCUCAGUCUGCCUCAUUUUGUCAUUAGCCAUAGACCCUCAAAUGAAAAUAUUCUUUUUAAAGUAUUAGAGCUUCCUCAUUUACCCUCUGAGGGUCUCACAACUGGUAAUAGAUAAUGGGCUAAGUUUUGCCACUGAGAAUUACCAGUUUUUGUAAAUUGAUAUCCCUGAUUGUAGUUUGUUCCUAUCAGAAGUCAGAUCAUCUGAUUUGUUUUAUAGAGGAUUAUAAAACAGGAGUUUUUGAAAAGGCUUAUUUUAUAUAUAUAUAUAUUAUACAGAGAAACAAAUGUUUUUAUUAAAUGUCUCACUAACCCAAAUAAUUUUAAAAUAAUAUGUUACUUCUAUCUUUCAGGAAAAAUAAUUGCAGUAGCUGAUCUGUAAAUGACUUUAAAAGCUAUUUUAGUAAUUUAAAUAAAUUUACUUUUCUUGGUUUGUACUCUGUGUAUUAUAAACAAUGUUUAAACUUUUUUCUUUGUUUAAUCCAAAUGUUUUCUUUACACCUGAACAAUUUUAAUGGCUUUGACUAAAAGCCAGAGAAUUGGAGCCAUUCUCAAGUACAUUGGUUAGAACUGGAAGAGCCAGGCCGGCACUGUGGUACAGUGGGUUAAAGCCCUGGCCUGAAGUGUCAGCAUCCUAUAUGGGUGCUGGUUCUAGUCCCAGCUGCUCCUCUUCCGAUCCAGCUCUCUGCUGUGGCCUGGGAAAGCAGCAGAAGAUGGCCCAAGUCCUUGGGCCCCUGCCCCUAUGUGGGAGACCCAGAAGAAGCUCCUGGCUCCUGGCUUGGAUCGGCACAGCUCCAGCCAUUGUGGCCACCUGGGGGGUGAACCAGCGGAUGGAAGACCUCUGUCUCUACCUCUUUCUGUAACUCAGUCUUUGAAAUAAAUAAAAUAAAUCUUUAAAAAAAAAAUGGAGAAGCCAAGAUUUUUGCCAGGACUUUAAAUUAAAGAUGGAGUUAACUUCGG